AUGCAAACAGACACCCUGACCGACGAGAUCCUCGCCAUACUAAAGGAGCGAGAUCUCCUAGCAAAGCGUGAUGUGAUCGAGUCCGCCUUAGAGGAUCCAGCUACUGGUGAAAAGACCGAAGAAUGGGUUUCCAAACACCUCAACCCGAGCACUCUGCUCUCACGGGAGGAGCUCGUCUUAUACAACAAACUCGAGAACUCUGGUACCCUCCAACCUAUCCUCCGCGAUCCCGAACUCGGCGCGACACGACCCUUCCUAGAAGACGAUAUCCGGUCGGCUAUAGAAUCCCUCGAAGCGUCGACGGCAGCAAUCCAGAAACAGACAGAGACACUAUCGUUUCAGUGCGAAACUCUCAAGAAGCAAUUGCGCCAGAAAGAUAAUUGGGAACAAGACCGAAGCCGGGAUAUUGCUCGUCUGCGGAAGAAGCACGAAGCUGGCAGGCAGACCACAACUAUUGCAGCCAAUGAUCUUUCGGAUGAACUCGAGGCUAGCUUCAGGGGUGCGACAGAGAAGACUGGAGCUGAGAAUAAGCGAAUUCUCUCCUCGCUGUCUACCCGACUGAAGCAGGACGACAAAGUUCUCGCUGAACUCGAGACACUUAUAUCCGGGAUCAAGUCCAAUGGCAAUGAUGCCGCUACGGUCAAGCGAGCUGGCCAGCUCAGCUCUAUGCUGGCAGACUACAACGCCGAAGAAAUUCACUACCGUCUUGACCGACUAUACCUCGAAACCAUCCUGUCUGGGCCACCGAAAGCAAGCCAGACCAUUACGGAAGAUCAGAAUAUAGCAGCGUUGCAAGACGAGCUCGAGUCUCUAUACCCGGAGAUUGAGAUUCUAGCAGAAAUGUCCACAAAGCAGCAAUUCCACGAGCCUAUCCUCCGGGAAAUCCAAAACCAGCAUACCCAGCUUCGGGCAGCGUCUGAAGAAAAGCUAGAACGAGCUCUAGACGUGCUCAUCGACAUGACAACCUCUAAACAAACCCUCACACAACACCUCCACGAACGAGAAUCCUCCUGUGAACUCCUAGAACAACUAGCAACCCUCUACCAAUCCGAAGUAGGCAACCCGCUAGUAACCCAGCCACCCUCCCGUCGCGAAUCUCUCCGACGCCGCUCCAUGCAAGCAGGCCUCCUCCUAGCUCCCCCACGCACCAAUCCCACCCCACUCCCCGAACAACCCGCACUGGAGAGCCUCCUCCGCCGCAUCGGAGUCUCGCCCGAAUCAGUCAUCCGGCCGCGCGCAGAGGACGGCGGGGCUCAAGGUCUACAUGAGAAACGGAUCCAGCUUUCCGAGACUCUACGGGCGCUGGAGAUGGCUGUUGAUGCGCCGCUGGUUACUCGGUUAGCUCCGGCGGAUAGUGCGCUACAUCUUCUUGGGUCCGGGUUACAUGCGAACUCGCAGUAUGAAGUUUCGCUCCGUGAUUUGGAGUUGGAGAGGGCGUUGGCUGCAUUGGAGGGUGAGCUUGGUGAGUUGCAGAGGGGUGUGCGGGGUCUUGAUUUGGAUGUCUUGCAUCAGCGGGAUAAAACGAGGGAUCAUUUUCUUGAGAGAUGGGGUUGA